ACAAACCAAACCAAACACAGAGUAUUAUCUAAUUCCAAAAGUGUUUCAAUUACACAAACAGAUUAAAGCUACAACCGUUUCCAAGAGAGAAAAAAUGAGCAGUGAGAAGAAGGCAGAAACAAUUGAAAGCAAAGAAUGGUACUUGGCAGCCCAUGCACCAGAAGGUGUUCCAACGUCUGAUCAUCUCAGACUCCGGACUGUCAAUGUAUCACUGGCCGUUGAUUCGAUCCCUAACAGCCACGUAGUCAUUGAGACCCUCUACAUCUCCAUUGAUCCAUAUCUACGCGCCAUCAUGACUGGCAUUGAUGACGGUCUAUACCUUUCCCAGUUCCAGAUUAAUCAGGUGAUAUCAGCAUUUGGUAUUGGAAGAGUGAUUCGGUCAAAGGAAAGUACUUACUCAGAGGGUGAUUUUGUGCUAUGUCCUUUUUUGCCAGUAGCUGAAUAUUCAGUUGUGCAACCAUCUCAUCUACAUUUGAGGAAGAUUGAUCCAGCAUCAGGAAUUUCAUUCACAGAUUAUCUUAGCACUCUUGGACCAUCUGGAUUCGCAGCAUGGGUGGCAAUUGAGGUGGUAGGGAACCCAAGGUCAGGUUCAAACGUGUUUAUAUCGGCGGCUGCCGGAGGUGUGGGUAUGCAUGCCGGACAGUUGGCUAAGCUCAAAGGUUGUAAUGUUAUCGGAAGCACUGGAUCAAAUGAAAAGGUAAAGCUCUUGAAGGAGUUAGGAUUUGAUGAUGCUUUCAACUACAAAUCAUCAGAAUCAUUUGAUGCUGCUUUAAGCAAGUAUUUUCCUAAUGGCAUUGAUUUUUACCUUGACAAUGUUGGGGGUAAGAUGCUUGAGGCAGUUCUCAACCAUGUCAACAGCAAGGCACAUAUCGUCCUCUGCGGAAUGAUAUCUGAAUAUAAUAAGGUUUGGACGGAGAGAGAUGGGGUAAGGAAUCUGAUGAACAUGAUUGGUAAAGAGGUAAAAAUGGAAGGGUUUAUGAUGGGGUCAUCGAUGCAUCGAUUCGGUGAUUUUGCAAAGCAGAUGGAGACCUAUAUAAAAGAAGGAAAAAUCAGUUCAAAACACGUGAUCUACAAUGGAAUUGAGAGCUUCUUGGAGGGCUUAGGAUCCAUCUUCUCAAGCUCUAAUAUGGGGAAGGUUGUGAUUCAAGUUAAAUCUAAGGCUUAAUACUUCCCACCUUUUAUCCUUCAGAAUUCAGUUUGCAUAACUGAUAUAUGGCAUCUCUUUAUAGUCAUGUUUCCUAGUAAUUUUUGUUCAAUAAUGGAUUUCACAUCCAUAUUAAGCGCUUUAUACAAUAACUAUAGUUUAAAUAUUGUCA